CUAUUGAAAAUACAGUUUACUGGUCAUCCCUCCCAGAGAACAGGUAGCAGUUUGGUAAAGUUAUACAUUUGGUCAUCAUUAGAGAAUCAAGAAUGUACUUUGGACACUUCCCAGUGAUUGUAUCUGUGCUUUUUCUUGUAGCUGCAGCAUCUGCACAAAUCACAACUGAUGUAACAACAUCUGAAGAAACCAAUACAGAAGCGACUACAGCAGCCACUACAGAAGCGAAUACAGCAACCACUAUAGCAGCGUCUACAGCAGUCACUACAGCAGCGAAUACAGCGACUACUACAGCAGCGACUACAGCAACCACUACAGCAGCGAAUACAGCAACCUCUACAGCGACGACUGCAUCAACUUCUACUGCAGCGUCUGGGGUGAACUCAAGCACAUUGGGUUCCAAUGCCAACACCACUCUUCAAACGACUACACAUUCCGGGACAGUCAACAUCCAUAUAGGCAUUCUGUGCAUUCUGCCAAUGUUUGUGAUCUCCAUGGCGACAAUGUUUUGAUGGUCAUGAUAGUAUAAUAAAUUGAGUGAUGCAGAUUGUUUGUUUUUAAGCUUUUUUACACAAGAAAAAAAAAUGUUUAUAGGUUUUGCAUAGAUGACGUACUUGACAUUGAUAAACUCUGGUGGAAUUGUUUCGGAUGGAUUGAUCUGAUGGAAUAGCCUAUUAAAGAAUGUUCUAGUGUCUUCAUUUUAUUAGGAAAUAUCAAAACUCAAACAUUAAUAAAACCCAGUAGGAAGCUCAAUUUUUAGUAGACACUUCAGUUAAAAAAAAACUACAACACUACAGAGGUCAUAGAGAGUUAGAAGUGAAUGUGUCAACAUCUACAAAGAAACGUUAGAGGUUUCUUACUGACACACUAGCUCUAACAUCACCGGACACUUUGGGAACUAAUUGAAGCAUUAAGUUGUUUCUUUUUAAAUCAGUUUUGAAGAUCAUUACAGGAUAGAGUAAAGAAGAAUAUGAUACAUUAAAGUGUCUCACUGUUCCAACAAUCCCACUAUAAAGUCAGCCAAUUGGACCACAGUGAUGCAAUAAAGUCCAUUGGCCUACAUUGAUAAGAGAAUAUGACACUAUAAAGUCAGUCAAUAGGACCACAGUGAUGCAAUAAAGUCCAUUGGCCUACAUUAAUAAGAGAAUAUGAUGCUAUACAAUCAGUCAAUUUUCCUACAUUUAUAAGAGAUUAUGAUACGAUAAAUUGACUCAAGUUUUCCUACAUUGAUAAGAGAAUGUAAUAUUAUAAAAAAAAAUUAGAGAUAGAUACUUUGUCCUGAAGUCAAUCCCAUUGUUUAAUGACAUGUCAAGCGAAUAUUUCAUUAUUUAUGUCUUAGUUUUUUUUUCUUAUUAUACAUAUGUUAGACGUUUAACCGUAAACAUCUAAGGUCUACUAUUGAUAUUGAACUAUACCAACAUCUAGGGCCUAAAAUUGAUAUUGAACUAUACCAACAUCUAGGGCCUACAAUUGAUAUUGAACUAUACUAACAUCUAGGGCCUACUAUUCAUCUUGAACUAUACCAACAUCCAGGGCGUAUUAUUGAUAUUGAACUAUACAAACAUCUAGGGCCUACUAUUGAUAUUGAACUAUACCAACAUCUAGGGCCUACUAUUGAUAUUGAACUAUACCAACAUCUAGGGCCUACUAUUGAUAUUGAACUAUACCAACAUCUAGGGCCUACAAUUGAUACUGAAAUAUACCAACGUCUAGAGCCUACUAUUGAUAUUGAACUAUACCAACAUCUAGGGCCUACAAUUGAUAUUAAAAUAUACCAACGUCUAGGGCCUACAAUUGAUAUUGAACUAUACCAACAUCUAGGGCCUACAAUUGAUAUUAAAAUAUACCAACGUCUAGGGCCUACAAUUGAUAUUGAACUAUACCAACAUCUAGGGCCUACAAUUGAUAUUAAAAUAUACCAACGUCUAAGGCCUACCAUUGAUAUUAAAAUAUGCCAACGUCUACCGCCUACU